GAAUUCAGCUAUGGCAGAACACAGCGAGCCAUGAGUGCAUAAAGAAAUCAAACAAAGAUAAGAACUUGUCGCAUAAGCUCGACUGCCUCCACACACCUGUCGAGAAAGAGCCAUGGUGAAGUUACAAUGGCAUCUGAGCUUUGCCUCAAUGUGCUUGUAUGUGUGGGGUGGAUUAUUUACACCUGAUCACCACACUGAAAAGCAGAACAAUUGCGAAGGACACUUUUACAAAGGAUGGACCCACCUUCGACUGCUUCUUAAAAAAGCUCCUUUGGACUUCUGUUGUAGAUGCAACGGAGAGAAAUGCAUUUCUAUCGCUAUUUUUCCUACUUCAAAACAUGUGCCAGUUUUUUGGGCAUAUAAAAUAAGGCAUGCUGAAGUCCCUGAUUUGUCAGAGCAUGAUCUCUUGAAGAACAUUGCAAAGUGGUAUAUACCACCAUCGGUUACUGAGAAUAUGCUCAGAGGAAAGUUGCAUUCACUUCCCCCUCAAGUGACCUCAACACCCUCCCCAUCAGUAACACAUAUUUUAAGUGGUGUGUUUAGUCUCGAUGCAAAAUACAUUCACAAAGAGGGAAACUGGCACAACACAGGCUAUAUUCGCUGGAUCACGUAUCAUCACACAAAUGCAAAUGGGUUUAGUUUUGAAGGAGCUCUUCUCCAAAACAGUCAGGAGAAAUGUAAGUGGAAAUGGCUGACGGUGGAGCAACUUGUUGGGAUUCUUUCUAAAGUCUUUUUGGCCAACCCCAUACAAACCUCCUUCAGUCAUCAAACCGCAGGACCUUUAAACCUGAAUGGCUUAGAUGAAAUUCCAGACAACUUUUCCGUAGGGGCAAAGAUAAAGGACUACCUAGACAGCGCAAUGCCAUGUGUGACGACAGCUCCAAUGCGAGUCAAAGAAGCAGAACAUGACUUUUCCAAAGUCACAACAAGCAGCAAACCCUCACUGAGUUCAGAUAGGACUGCAGGCCUGUGCUCUGGGCUCAUUCACCGUACUGUCGCCGGUUUGAAGAGAUGCCUUGAGAGGAUGAUUUUAGAAAAAGAAAAUUACACCACCUCUUCAUCGCUCUCGCAUUUCUCUUUUGGCAACAAACCACGCAAUGCCAGAUCAGAAGUCAAAAAACAGAGCCCCUUAGAAUUAAAUGAAAUCAUUAAUCACAGUAAAUAUACCACACAAAAGCCACGCAACAGUGAUCUCAGUGUCAAGGAAAAUGAUCAUUUUUACUACUUUAAUGGCAAAUUGAAACGUACAACAGAUGGCAAUGGAUAAGAUACAUCACAUAUUAGAGCCAAAACAUUUUAUAGUGAAAGUCAGUUUUAA